GGGGGGUAUUUGCUCGUCUGUGGGCGUGGGCGGUAUCGGACGUCGGCAGAUGCGUCUGGCGCUCUUCCGUCUGUUGUCGGUUUUUGUGACACGCAACAAAGGGAUUGGCGCGAGCGUCCGACGUCUGACCACACGUCUGACGACGAAUGAGCACGCAUCAGUGCUAUCGGAAUCGGGAAAGAGACUGUACUCGCGCUUCUUAAGGUUUUUACCUUAACCUUUUUCGCUAACAUGGCUAAUAUGACCACUGAUGAAACCUUCAAAUUUAUUGAGCUAUAUCAAGCAGAAAACUGCCUGUGGAAUCCAAAGAAUAAGUACCACAAAAACAAAAAUGUUCAAUCGGUUUUGGUUGCAUUAUAUCUGCCAGUACGAAAAUGGUUAACUCGAAGCUAAAAGGGACUGCUCAAGCCCUUCAGUUACUGACAACGUCUAAAGGAACCAGAUACGAAUUUAUCUUCACAAACCUAGUACCAGGAAAUACCAGACAUUUCACUUCUGUUAUAGGCGUCCACAAAGCAUAUAACUCGUCGAAACUCUACAGAGAAUUGAAACUUCGUGGUGCAGUGGUCCAACAUAAACAACUGAAGGUCCUGCCUCAGGAACAAGUUUUUUCCACGAUGCAUGGUGUGUUCAAUUUGUCCAGCGAUCAGGGUAGCCUUGGAACGUUUAUUGUCACUAAUGUCAGAUUCGUCUGGUUCGCGGACAUGAACGAGGGUUUCAACGUUUCCUUGCCUUACCUUCAGGUAGAAAGUAUAUGCAUCAGAGAAUCCAAAUUCGGCAUCGCUUUGGUAAUAACCAGUACAGAAUCAAGUGGAGGCUUUAUCCUUGGCUUCAAAGUAGACCCUGAAGAGAAAAUGAAGACCCUCUACAAAGAGCUAACUUCUCUACAUACCAUCUACAGUAGCAAGCCGAUUUUUGGUGUGGAAUACAAGUGGUGUUCUAGCAAGAACCUACCAGAGCAAAACCACAAUUUAGUAGAAGAUUUCGAUGCGGUAGAAGAUACGAAAAAUGAGAUAGGAAACACCAUAGCAGCAUAUUUGGCAGAUGAGGGGCAUAAAGACAGGCCACCAGUGUAUAACAAUGAAUUGGGAUUGGCUAUUGAGACGUUGAAGGAAGGUUAUACCUUACAGAAAUUGUGGGAAGUAAUUCCAUCUUAAAGAGACGUCUUUGGAGUUGUGUUGUCGUUACACGAAAUGUAUAGAUACAGAUGAAUAAAGCG